GGGUGGUCGCUAAGCACGUGGGUUGUGCUGGCCAGCGCGCCAGUGGAGCUACUGGAUCCUCAGUUUCGGUGGUGUCCAUCGUGGGCAGCGGACUAAUAAAGGCCAUGGCACCGGCGGAAAUCCUGAACGGGAAGGUGGUCUCCGCGCAAAUAAGGGAGAGACUGAAGAACCAAGUCACUCAGAUGAAGGAGCAAAUUCCCGGUUUUACACCAGGCCUGGCAAUUUUACAGGUUGGCGACAGAGAUGAUUCUAAUCUUUAUAUAAAUGUGAAGCUGAAGGCUGCGGAAGAGAUUGGGAUCAAAGCCACGCACAUUAAGUUACCAAGAACAGCCACAGAAUCUGAGGUGUUGAGGUACGUUACAUUGUUGAAUGAAGACCUCACUGUACAUGGUUUCAUAGUGCAGCUACCUUUAGAUUCAGAGAAUCCCAUUAACACCGAAGCAGUGGUCAAUGCCAUUGUACCCGAAAAGGAUGUGGAUGGAUUGACUAGCAUCAGUGCUGGAAAACUUGCUAGAGGUGACCUCCAUGACUGUUUCAUCCCUUGUACACCUAAAGGAUGCUUGGAGCUCAUCAAAGAGACAGGGGUGCAGAUUGCUGGAAGGCACGCCGUGGUGGUCGGGCGCAGUAAGAUAGUCGGUGCGCCCAUGCAUGACCUGCUUCUGUGGAACCACGCCACAGUGACCACCUGCCACUCCAAGACCGCCAACCUAGGCGAGGAGGUAAAUAAAGGUGACAUCCUGGUGGUUGCAACUGGUCAGCCAGAAAUGGUAAAAGGGGAGUGGAUCAAGCCUGGGGCAAUAGUCAUCGACUGUGGGAUCAAUUAUAUCCCGGAUGAUACAAAACCGAAUGGGAGAAAAGUUGUGGGUGAUGUGGCCUACAAUGAGGCCAAAGAGAGGGCGGGCUUCAUCACUCCUGUUCCUGGCGGUGUGGGGCCCAUGACGGUGGCAAUGCUAAUGCAGAGCACAGUAGAGAGUGCAAAGCGUUUCCUGGAGAAAUUUAAGCCAGGAAAGUGGACGAUCCGGUAUAACAGCCUUAAUCUCAAGACACCUGUUCCCAGUGACAUUGACAUAUCACGAUCUUGCAAGCCGAAGUCCAUUGGCAGCCUGGCUCGGGAAAUUGGUCUGCUCUCCAAAGAGGUAGAAUUGUACGGUGAGACAAAGGCCAAGGUUCUGCUGUCAGCACUGGAACGCCUGAAGCACCAACCCGAUGGAAAAUACGUUGUGGUGACCGGAAUAACUCCAACGCCCCUGGGAGAAGGGAAAAGCACAACUACCAUUGGGCUGGUGCAAGCCCUUGGCGCCCAUCUUUAUCAGAAUGUCUUUGCGUGUGUGCGACAGCCUUCUCAGGGACCCACCUUUGGAAUAAAAGGUGGCGCUGCAGGAGGUGGCUACUCCCAGGUCAUCCCCAUGGAAGAGUUUAAUCUCCACCUCACUGGUGAUAUCCAUGCCAUCACCGCAGCCAACAACCUUGUGGCUGCAGCCAUUGAUGCCCGGAUGUUCCACGAACUAACCCAGACAGACAAGGCUCUCUUUAAUCGUUUGGUACCAUCCGUAAAUGGAGUGAGAAAGUUCUCUGAUAUCCAGAUCCGAAGAUUACGGAGACUGGGCAUUGAAAAGACUGACCCUAACACACUGACCGAUGAAGAGAUAAACAGAUUUGCAAGAUUGGACAUUGAUCCAGAAACCAUAACUUGGCAAAGAGUAUUGGACACCAAUGAUAGAUUCCUGAGGAAGAUCACAAUUGGACAGUCUCCAACAGAGAAAGGGCACACACGGACGGCCCAGUUUGAUAUCUCUGUGGCCAGUGAAAUCAUGGCUGUCCUGGCUCUCACCAGUUCACUAGAAGACAUGAGGGAGAGACUGAGCAAAAUGGUGGUGGCAUCCAGCAAGAAGGGGGAGCCCAUCAGUACCGAAGAUCUGGGGGUGAGUGGUGCAUUGACAGUGCUUAUGAAGGAUGCAAUCAAGCCCAAUCUCAUGCAGACGUUAGAGGGCACUCCGGUAUUUGUUCAUGCUGGACCGUUUGCCAACAUUGCACAUGGGAAUUCCUCUAUCAUUGCAGACCGGAUCGCACUCAAGCUUGUUGGCCCUGAAGGGUUUGUGGUGACUGAAGCAGGAUUUGGAGCCGACAUUGGAAUGGAAAAAUUUUUUAACAUCAAAUGCCGGUAUUCUGGUCUCCGCCCUCACGUGGUGGUGCUUGUUGCCACUGUCAGGGCUCUUAAAAUGCACGGGGGCGGCCCGACGGUUACUGCUGGACUGCCUCUUCCCAAGGCUUACAUAGAGGAGAACCUGGAGCUGGUUGAAAAAGGCUUCAGUAACUUAAAGAAACAAAUUGAAAAUGCCAGAAUGUUUGGAGUUCCAGUGGUAGUGGCUGUGAAUGCAUUCAAGACAGAUACGGAAGCUGAGCUGGACCUCGUCAGCCGCCUCGCCAAAGAACACGGGGCUUUCGAUGCCGUGAAAUGCACUCACUGGGCAGAAGGGGGCAAGGGCGCCUUAGCCCUAGCUCAGGCCGUCCAGAGAGCAGCUCAGGCACCCAGCAGCUUCCAGCUCCUCUAUGACCUCAAGCUUCCAGUUGAGGAUAAAAUCAGGAUCAUUGCGCAGAAGAUCUACGGGGCCGAUGACAUUGAAUUGCUCCCCGAAGCUCAACACAAAGCUGACGUUUACACAAAACAGGGCUUUGGGAACCUGCCCAUCUGCAUGGCCAAAACACACUUGUCCUUGUCUCACAACCCAGAGCAGAAGGGCGUGCCCACAGGCUUCGUCCUGCCCAUCCGUGACAUCCGUGCCAGCGUCGGGGCCGGUUUUCUGUACCCCUUGGUGGGGACGAUGAGCACAAUGCCUGGACUCCCCACCCGGCCCUGUUUCUAUGAUAUUGAUUUGGACCCUGAAACUGAACAGGUGAAUGGGUUGUUCUAAACAGAUUUCCCCUCUUCGAGGAGCCGCUCUGAACAUUUGGCCAGUGUCUAUUCGGGCCGACUGUUGGUUAGGAAGUGUGGGGAAGGUGGAGAGGAGUCAGCCCCUGCCCUGAAGAUCUUCUGAAAGAAAGAGCAGAAGUUUCCCCAGGAGCCUUUCUUCAGUCUUAAUUCCCACCACCAUGUAUAAAUUAACAUAAAUCAUGCACAAGUCAACUUACUUGAUUGAAGUUCCACAGAAUAAAAGGAAAUGAUUUUGCAAUCUGGAUGUUUAAAUAUAAAUUCUAGCCUUAACAGACUGUGCUACAGUAUCACUGCUGUCCUGCGGGAGCCCCUUUGCCAGCAGGCACCCGGGACUGAAGAAGCAAGUUGCAAGACCUUCUUUAUUGACACUGUUGUGUUCAAAGGGGUAAAUGGCACAUGCAUGCAGAGUUCUUGGGGGGGACACAAUCGGGAUCCCUCCUGAGAGGGUUGAGGGGGAAGUAGGGUAUAGAGAAUGUGCCUUUUUAAUCACGUACCUUUCUAUAUUGUUCCUUUAAAACAGACCUGAGAAAGUCACACUUAUCCAGGUUUUUGUGCUGAACUUCCUUGGAGGUCCCAUUUCUGGCACAGCUUUAGCACCAUUCAUUUUUUUAAGUCUUCAGGAAGGACGGUCAUGAAGCACUAACUACAGGUCCAUCCUGUCUGCUCUGUUGGUUCAGCAAAUGUUGAUUGGGCUUGUACCAUGUGCCCUGGUCUCUACCCCUCCCUCUGGAAUGUUUUUUUCCCUGAAAUGUUUUCCCUCCUCUUGUUUAUCUUCUCUGUUCUUCCUCUCCUGUUUUUUCCUCCCUCUUCUCCCUUAUCUUCCUGCAUUGGAUCCUUCCAGGAGAUGUUGCAUCACCAUUGAUGCUGAUGUAAACACUGCUGGCAUUGGCGGAGCAAUAUUUGUCCCGGUGUCCUUGGUUUUAUUACAU